UGGGGUGGACUCCGCGCGGUGGCGGGAAAGCUGUAGUUGCGUAUCCCCAUCUGGGAAGUAGGAGAGCCGGAGGCCGCGACGAGUCAGGGGCAGACUACUUGCACCUCCAUGGAUGCGGCCGAGGUGGAGUUCCUGGCCGAGAAGGAGCUGGUGACUAUUAUCCCGAACUUCAGUCUGGAUAAGAUCUACCUCAUUGGGGGUGAUCUGGGUCCCUUUAACCCUGGCUUACCAGUGCAAGUGCCUCUGUGGCUGGCGAUUAACCUGAAACAAAGACAGAAGUGUCGGUUGCUCCCUCCGGAGUGGAUGGAUGUGGAAAAGUUGGAGAAGAUUAGGGACCAUGAACGAAUGGAAGAAACCUUUACCCCUAUGCCCAGCCCUUACUACAUGGAACUGACCAAACUGCUGUUAAAUCAUGCUUCAGACAACAUCCCCAAAGCAGAUGAGAUCCGCACCCUGAUCAAAGAUGUGUGGGACACUCGCAUAGCCAAACUCCGGGUGUCUGCGGACAGCUUUGUGAGGCAGCAGGAGGCACACGCCAAGCUGGAUAACUUGACUUUGAUGGAGAUCAACACCAGUGGGGCUUUCCUCACACAGGCGCUCAAUCACAUGUACAAACUCCGCACAAACCUGCAGCCUUCUGAGAGUGCCCAGUCUCAGGACUUCUAGAGAAGGAACUGAUUUAUAAAGGCCUCGUCUCUGCUGGCAGGAGGCUUGCUGGGGGUGUGAGUGCUCAGGACAUGCUAGAAGUACUCAUAGUUCUGGAUGUCUAAAGCCAUUUUUGAAUGUAAGAAAAACGUGUAAUGAAGCAAGGACUGGAUUCCUAACCUGGUUGGAAAGGAACAGGUUGCACGUAGUCCUGGACAGUCUUGAAUUCCAUAUCUGUCUCCAGAAGCCAGCUAUUCUUAUGGGGGAAAGAAAAAGCUUUGACGAACAAGCUGAUCUCCCCAGCAGUCUCAGGUCUCCUGCCUGGAACUGCUGUGUGGGAGCGUGUUCAGUGAUGUCAGGUGUUGUUUUGAAAAGACAGGUAUUCAAGUGGUUAUGUGGCCCUAGGACUUUUUUCUUUCUUGAUACCAAUAUCAUGGGCUAAAAUUAAGAGUAUAGAGAUUGCUCACACAGGGAAGGCUGGCAGGUGAGUGGCUUGUGAUGCCGACUGGUGUUGAUCAUUUAAGCUCAGAUACACAAUAAAGAUGGAAUCAACCCAGUCUCUUGGUUUUUCCCCCUGCUUAACUACCAAGCAGGAGCAAACCAUGUGGCUAAAAUGAUCUAAUAGACCAAACUGAGGUGUGCAGCAGGCAAUCGUAAACGUUAAAUACUCGUCUCUUGUUCUCAUGGCUACUUCUGGCUAAGGUUUAAAGGGCUGCUUAUCCAGGAAAGGGGAAAGCAGUGAAAAAACUAACUCCGUGUUACUGAGUGCUUGAGUGAAGCUGAAGAUGACGCUAGGAAGCCAAGUUGGGUCUGUAAUGCCACUGUUGAUGGAUUUCAGGGGAAGACUCUGUCUUAAGUAGCAGAGGUUCAAGAGUAAAUUCUUUUUUACUCUGAGAAAAAUUCAGUUGUACCAUUUUGCAACUACUAAAUUCCACAUAGAAAUUAUAUUACCAUGAGAGAGGAAAAUGAUUGUCUAGAGCAGCGAUUUUUAACCUUUUUCAUCUCAUGACAUAUAUAAACUACUAAAAUUCUGUGGCACACCAAAAAAACUUUUUUUGCCAAUCUGACAAAAAAAUAAAUGUAAUUUUUUAAUUCACAGUGGACGGCCAUUGUAAUUUAUUUUGACUAAGGGGGAAAGCAGUGCCCCUGACUGAGUAGUUAGGUAUUGCAUGUUUUAAAACUUCUUGCGGUGCAUGGGUUGAAAAUCGCUGGUCUGGAGUCAUGCAGUGAGUGGAAGGUUCUGCAGCCUGCAGAUUUUCAACUGCAGCAUUGUGGCAGGAGAAGUAGCAUGCUACCUCCAGGGCUUUUUGAAGAGUGUACGUGCAUGACUGACUAAGCCUGCAGAGUCCCUGCUGGUAUUUGCCCUUCGGUGUUGCAAGUCCAAACUUACGUUACUCAAGCAGUUUCUCCGUUCCAAAUUGGUACCCAGCUAGGUGUCCUUUCAACAAGCAGCUGACGGUUAUUUGAACAGUGAAGGGCCAGACAUGAAGGGAUUAGGACACAGAAGACCUUGUUUCUGUCAUUUAAGGUGACCGUUUAGAGGGUUGGGUUGCUCUCAGAUGGCAGAAUUGCCUUUUCUUCUCAUUCUUAACUCAGCAUUCUUCCGAUUUCAUCUGGGGAAUCUUCUAGAACGAAACCCCAUUACUGUGGAGGGUCAGGAGUCCCGGUCCUGUGCACCUCAGAUCUCGCCCCUUGAUACCUUUCUCUUAAACCCAAAUUACAGGCUGAAUCGGUCUUCACAUUUUGCCUAUAAAGCUAUAUAGCUGUUGAGCUUUUCUUUCUUUUAGAUUUGGCCUUGUAUUUUAUGACAUAAAAAAGAUUUUCCUCUUAACAUGAUUUAGGAAGAUUUUAUUUUUUUGGAUGUUGUCAGAAAUUACAGCAAUAUAUUCAUAAAUACCUAAUUACUACAUUCAACAAAUAAUAUUACAAUACAAUUAAUUCAAACAAGUACACUUAGAACAGGUUUAAUUUCACAGCAUCUAAACUGCCCCCAGAGUGACCGAGGCACCGCUCCUCCUCCCUCCCGUGUACUGGUUCACUGUUCUAGCGAUUAAGCACAGGGCACAGACACAGUAACACAACCAAUUAGCAUGGUCUUCCUCAGGCCAAGGCAGAGUUAAGGAGUUUAAGUUAAGUGCUGGAUCAAAAGGUUGGGGACAGGCUACUGCAAGCAGUAAGAAAGUCAUUAGCUUGGUUACUUGAGAGUAUGGGGAUCGCUGCUAAAUGGCUAAUAUACACUUAUUUAAGAGAGAAUCGGCUUGUGCUGACCAUCUCCAUCUUGUGGUGGGUCCUUGGAAUUUUCCAUCCUUAAAAAAACCACGACUCAGGGAAAGGGAGUAUCUUGACGUAAUUUUUGAGAUUUGGCAGCAUUGAGAAAAACCCAUCCCAUGUACAAAUUUAAGGCUUCCUGUGUUAUAAUUCUGCUGGAGUAUGGGCUCCUUUGAAGGAUGUUAAUGCUAAUUUAGUGUUGUAUUUCCUUGAGAAUAUACAGACUAAACUGCUGGAAAUCCUAUGUUGGUCACUUAUCUUAAAGAGUGGAUUGAAUCAUGUCGUUUCCUCACAUCAUCAGUUUGGCUCUGAUCGCAUGUGCAGUAGUGCCAAGUAUAGGGAAAAGCUCUGGUUUGCUUCCAGUCAUCUGACCAAGUGUGGAGCGACAUGGAGAUGCCCCUGACAAGUUUAGUGAGACCCCUCAGAGGACAGGGCAGCCACCUCCUCUAGGUGCUGCAGGAAGCACGAAAAGUGACAUUGGACUGAGGUCUUCAUGAAACACUGACAGAGGCUGUGAAAUUGGCUAGACCAAGUUUGUCAGUAUUUAAGCCUAAACUGCAAAGAAACUUAGGUAUCAAAAACACUUUACCUUUUUUAGUUUAUUUGUGCUGCCUUUUGUGGUUUCUGUUUAUGUUCUGAUUGUCGUACUGAGCCCAAGGCUAUCCUAAGAUCUCCAGAGACAGGUGGGAGUUUGGGGCAGUGGAAUGACAGAAGCUGAAGUGCAGGGUGAGUGUGGUGUUUCCAAUGGGAAGGAGGAAAUGCAGUCGUGAGUAGCUCAGUCACACAUCUUCCACCCCUGGGGAGAGACUGCCCUUGUCCCACACGCCACGACCUCUUACCCUAACAAUUAGACCCAGCCAAGGGAGCUCCCCUUGGCUGAAGGGAUGGGGCUGUGCUUUUCUUUCCCGUUAAGUUAUUAGAUCUAUUUUUUUCUUUUUUUACUUUAGCCAAGGCUAUUACCAAAGCUGAUCAGCAAAAGGACCGAGACAUUUUCUGUGACGGAGGAGGAGGACUAGGAGUGAAGUACUAAGAUGUAGCUCUUAAGCUUUCAGCCCAGAAACAGCAAGCAGAUUUUUCAAUAGAGAAAUUCAGUGAUAUUCUGCCCUGAUUGCUGGCAGUAGAGCUCCCUCUAAACACCUGUCCCCACCUGUGGAACACGUUGAUCUCUCAAUGCCUUUGUAGGGGAGGAGGCCCACAGAACAGCCCUUAGUUCUCGUCAAGUCGUUUCUGUGGCGAGGAAGGCGCUUGUUGACUGCUGAUAAUACUGGCGGCACUUUUUGUCUGAGUUUGCUAAUAACUGGAAGAUUCUUGGCAGACAUACAAAGCAAACUGUGUGGGAACAGAUAAAGCGACACAAUGCCAUCUGCCAGCAAGCUGUUCUGCACAGCUAAAGGCUGAGGGUGUGGCCACUGAUCUCAGUGAGUAGCCUUCAUGAAGGUCAGCCAGCCCUUCCCCGGGUGAAGGGGAGGCGUGUUCAUGCUCAGGCCUCCUCCCCUUCCCCUCUCCCCAGGCAGACCAACCAUUGGCUGCUUUGGCCUCAGGUUCAAGCCCAUUCAGGCAAGAGAUACUUUCUUGAUCUAGAUUAAACCCUGCCUGAAUGAACAGUAACUGGGACAAGAGGGAAAAUUUUCCCCAUUGCUUUGCAUGGAUCUGAUUAUCCCAGUUCUAUCUGCUCCUGUGCUUGCCACAGUCAGCUCAAAAGGAGGAGUUCAGCUCAGACAUUGUUUAUCCUACUUUUAGGCUUUUACAAAGCUUUGCAUCUAAAUAAAGCCUCUAAAGUUUCUACUUUGCACCUGUUCUCGGACUGCUGUAAGACACCUUAGAAUGCUAUCACAGAAACUGCUCACUUCCUGAAAGGUUCUUUUACAAAAGCCCCAUAGCUGCAUGUGUGUGCACAGGCACCCGCCCAGUAUCUGUCUUGUUCACUGUAGACUAGCCCCUCCUCACUAACAGCAACUGGCUGUGACUGCUAUUUGCUGUCCAGAGCUGGGGGGAGGGGGCAGAGGAGGAGGUAAAGAAGUAAUGCAUGGCUUUCCACAUCAUUUUCUGGAGCAACUCAAAAAUGAAGUGAUCGCAUAGGCGCCAGUGGUAAGCUCUUUUACUUUUCUUCUUCUUUAAUUUUUAAAAACACUUCAAUAUUUAAUGUCCUGACCAGCAGCAGUACAGACACUAAAAGCAAGGUUUUUUUUUUGCCCAGAAAAACAAAAAAACAAACAAAACCCCCAAACAGGAAAACAAACAAACAAAAAUCCCCCCAAACCACAUUAAAAAUGGCAGGCUUUUUAUAACAAUAAUUAAAGUAAUAAAAACAUACAAAACUUUGUUUUUUAAUAUAUAUAUACACAGUACAAGGCUGAAGCACCUUUGACUUUUCUCUCAAAAUUUGUUUGUAUGAAAACACCCCCACUGCAGCAACAAUUUGGUGGGUGUGAAUAUAUGUAUACAUAGAGCUCUGUACAUUUCCCCCACGGAGUAAUAAAAAAGGUACCUUCA